AUGGAUGAAGAGGAAGGAAAAAAGCCAUCACCAUCCCCUAUUAUCAAUAAUGGAAAUAAUAUAGGUGAUGGUGAUAAAAAUAAUAAUAAUAAUAAUAAUAGUAUUUUAAAAAAUAAUAAUAAUAAUAGUAAUAAUAAUAAUUUAAAUGAUAAUAAUAAUGGAAUUAGAGAAAGAAGAGUUAGUAAAAUUGUAAAUAUUAAUGAAUCAAUUAAUAGGAGUAGUCCAAAUUUGAAUGCAGAUAAAAUAAUACCAAAAGUUGAUUUUAAUAAAUCAAGAUUUGAUGAUGAAGGUUAUUUAAAGCAAUCAUCAUUUUAUAAUGAAUCAUUUAGAGAUCAAAAUGAAGUUUAUGAACAACAAUUAACAGGAAAUCAUCAAAAGGAUACUGUAUUGGGUGUAUCAUCACAUUUGGAGAAUUCAGAUUCAGAUUCAGAUUCAGAUGGUUCAAUCGAAGAAAUUGAUGAGAAUUCAUUUGAAAAUAAUGAUAUAGUAAAUUUUGAAGAAGAUAAAAAAAAGAGAUUAUAUUUAAAAGCAUAUAAAGAAACUUAUCAAAGAGUUGAUUUCGUACUUGAACAUAUCAAUAUUUUCCUAUCAAUAGUUUCAAUUGGUUUAUUCAUUGCUUUAUCUUAUUUACCAAAUAUGGUAAAAUAUCCAAUCACUCAAGAUGAAAUUACUAAUAAUUUUAGAGUUCGUCAAAUUAAUCAUGUUGUUGUUGCAAUUUCUGCUUAUUUUUGUUUUGAUUUUGUUAGAAUUUUUAUUUUUGCAAAAGAUAAAAUUAAAUUUUUUAAAAAAAAAAAUACAAUUUUAGAUAUUAUUACAAUUGUACCAAUUUUAAUUACAAUGAUACCAUCAAUUCCAGUAACACCAUUAGGAUUUUUAAGAGUUUUAAGAAUUUUAAAAGCUCCAAGAUUAUUUAAACUUCAUGGCGCAACAUCAGUAUUGAAACAAAUAAUUCAAUUGAUAUUAUCGAUUAUUAUAUUAAUUAUUUUAUUUGCAUCAAUGAUAUGUGAAAUUGAAGGUAUUAAAUUUCAUGAUUCAAUUUAUUAUGCAGUUGUAUCAUUGUCAACCGUUGGUUAUGGUGAUAUAACACCAAGAUCAACAUUGGGUAGAAUGGUAGCGAUUUUAAUGAUUAUGGUUGCAUUGGGUUAUUUACCUGUUCAAACUGGUAAAUUAAUUGCAGUACUUUCAGCAACUAAAUCAUGGAAUGGUGAAUAUAAACCAUCUAAAAAGAAGAAAUUUGUAACUAUCAUUGGUAACAUUUUCGAAAGUUCUUUAACCACAUUUCUAAGGGAAUUCUUCUUUAAUUCUAGAAUUGGUGAAAUGCCAGUGAUUAUUCUAUCAAAUGUUGACCAACCUUCAUUUUGGGAUUCUUUAACCAAUAGAAUUAAAAAAAGAUAUUUCUUUUUCAAAGGUUCAAUAGGUAGUCAACAAGAUGUUCAAAGGGUUAAAUUGGAUCGAUCGAAAGCAGUUUUCAUUUUCUCUAAGAAAUCAUUAAAUCAUUCACAACAAGAUGAUAAUGAAAACAUUUUAAGAGUGAUGUCUGUUAGAUCAUUCAAUGCAACUAUACCAAUUUUCGCUCAAGCAAUGGUACCAAGAUUAAAGAGAAAAAUGAUUGCUGCAGGUGCAACUCAAGUAGUAUCAGUACAAGAAUUAAAAAUGAAUCUUUUAGCACAAUCUUGUAUUUCACCAGGUUUUAUCACAUUGGUUAUGAAUUUAUUAAGAUCAGAUCUUGAGAAAUAUAAUGAUUCCGAUGAAUAUGCAAGUGGUAAUUCUUAUGAAAUUUUCACUCAACCUUUUUCAAGUGCAUUCUAUGGUUUAACAUUCUCACAAGUGGUUCAAUUGGUUUAUGAAACUUUUGGUAUGAUCAUUUUUGGUAUAGAAGUUCAAAGUGGUGAUAAACGUAGAAUUAAAAUUAAUCCAAAGAAUUCAUUCAUCAUUCAAGAAGGUACCUAUGGUGUAUUAUUGGCAAAGAAUAAACUUCAAUCUAAAAGAAUUAAAUUUUGUGGUACUGAAUUGGUCAAAAGAAAGAUUGAAGCAAUUAAACAAACAAAUCUACGUAAUACUGAAAUUGGUAUAUUGGAUAAAGAUUGUAAAUUGGUUUGGGAAUAUGAUCCAAUUGAUAAAUCUUAUCAAUGUAAAUUAAAAUUCAUACCAAAAUCUCAUAAUAAAAAUACGAAUAAAAAAUCAUUAAGAAGAAUGUUAUUAGAAAAGAAAAGAGAUAUUUUAAAUGGUAAUACUGAUAGUAGUGAUGAUACAAUUUCAAAAAAUACUUUUCAAAAAACAACAAGUAUUGGUGGUGGUCUUACAACUGAUACAAAUGGUACUGUUGGUGUUGAUAAUUUUACAUUUUUAACAAAUGGUCAACAUAGACAACAACAACAACAACAACAACAACAACAUCAUCAUCAACAUCAUAAACGUAAUUCUUCAAUUGAUUUUGAAGAUAAUACUACUAAUAAUAUUGCCGCUGCUUCCAAUAACUUUAAUCCAUUAAAUAGUACCGAUAUACAUUUACAUCAAACUAUUGGUAGACCACCAAGUAUGGAUUUUAGUACAACUACUGGUAAUUCAACUAGUUUAAUGACCGAUAUACCACAACCACCUUCAAAUGAUUUAUUUUCAAGUAGAUUACCAAAAAGAUUUUGGGGUUCUCACUUUUUAGAUGAUUGUAUUGUAGAUAGUGUAGAAUCAAUGGAUAAUAUUAGAAAUCAUAUUAUCAUUGCAGGUUCAUCAGUUGAUUGUAUUGAAAAUUUCAUUUCACCACUUAGAGAAGGUCAUAUUAGACGUUAUGAACCAAUCGUCAUUUUAACACCAAAACUAACAGAAGAUCAAUGGAAAUAUAUUGAAAGUUAUCCAGAGAUUUAUGUAGUUGAAGGUAAAUGUUAUGAAUUUAGUGAUUUGAAAAGAGCUGGUGUCUAUAAAUGUUCAAAGAUCGUCGUACUCACUCAUGAUGCAAACUCUGAAGAAUUAUUAUUCAAUGAUCGUGAAACAUUAUUAUCAAUGGUUUGUAUAAGAGAAGUAGCUAGAAAAAAUAUUAAAAUAUUUCCAAUCUAUGAAAUCUCUGAACCUUUAAAUAUGAAAUUCUUACCUGGUAAUUUCAAUUGGAAACAAAAUCAACCAUUUUAUCAUUCACCAUCAUUCGCAGCUGGUAAUGUUUUCCUUAGUUCAGUUUUCGAUAGUUUAUUAUGUCAAUGUUUCUUUAAUCCACAUUUAUUAAGUAUGAUUAGUGUAUUGGUUGGUAUGAACACUGAUAAUCAAUUCAAAAAAAGUGUUACCAAAGUAUUUCAAGUACCAUUACCUGAACAUUUCUAUCAUCAUAGAUUUGGUUACUUAUUUGAAAGUUUAGUCGAAUCAAAUAUAAUUUGUAUAGCUUUAUUUAGAACUCAUCAUAAAGGUGGUGGUGCUAAUAAGAAUACUGUAAAUGGUGCUUCCUCCCCAAAUCAAGAUCUAAACAAUAGUUACAAUUCAACUCCAAUAGAUGCCUCUGGUACUUCUCAAAAAACUAAUAUGAAUACACCAAUCAAUCCAGUUGUAUCAGGUUUACCUCCUCAUUUAAUUGAUGAUCUUGAUUCUCAUAAUGAUGAAAUCACUCGUUAUGUACUAACAAAUCCUUCACCAUCGACUAUGUUACGUGAAGAUGAUAGAUUAUUUAUUUUAAUUAGAUUUCAAUCAAAUUCUGUUUAUGAUCAACAUGAAGAUCAUUCUUAUGAAGGUGCUUCAAGUUCAAAUUCAAAUUGA